AUGAAUCCACUCCUGAUGCUGGCGCUUGUGGGAGCUGCUGUUGCCCUUCCUGUUGAUGAUGGUGACAAGAUUGUUGGAGGCUACACCUGUCAGAAGAACUCCAUUCCAUACCAGGUGUCCCUGAACUCUGGCUACCACUUCUGUGGAGGCUCCCUCAUCAAUGAGCAAUGGGUGGUGACUGCAGCUCAUUGCUACAAGACUCUUCAUAGUUUUCCUUUCCUCACAGAGCUUUAUCCAGACUUGCUCCAGUGCCUAGAGGCACCCGUGUUGACUCAGGCUGAAUGUAAAGCUGCCUAUCCCGGAAAGAUCACUGAUAACAUGUUCUGUGCUGGCUUCCUUGCAGGAGGCAAGGAUUCCUGCCAGGGUGACUCUGGUGGCCCUUUGGUCUGCAAUGGAGAGCUCCAGGGCAUUGUCUCCUGGGGCUAUGGCUGUGCCUUGGCAGAUAACCCUGGUGUGUACACCAAGGUCGUCAACUAUGUGGACUGGAUUCAGAGCACCAUUGCUUCGGAUCUUCAUAGUUUUCCUUUCCUCACAGAGCUUUAUCCAGACUUGCUCCAGUGCCUAGAGGCACCCGUGUUGACUCAGGCUGAAUGUAAAGCUGCCUAUCCCGGAAAGAUCACUGAUAACAUGUUCUGUGCUGGCUUCCUUGCAGGAGGCAAGGAUUCCUGCCAGGGUGACUCUGGUGGCCCUUUGGUCUGCAAUGGAGAGCUCCAGGGCAUUGUCUCCUGGGGCUAUGGCUGUGCCUUGGCAGAUAACCCUGGUGUGUACACCAAGGUCGUCAACUAUGUGGACUGGAUUCAGAGCACCAUUGCUUCGGAGUAG